GACUUUCUCGACUUUCACCGGUUUGAUUCAGACUAUGACUACCACCGAUUUGACUUGUUCUCAACGACUAUGAACAGACUUGCCCCGUUGACAUUAUACACUCCUGGUUUUGCGCAUUAUGGUAUAGCUUGGUCGCCAUUUCAUACGACGAGGCUUGCGGUGGCUAGUGCUGCGAAUUACGGCCUUGUGGGGAACGGUCGGUUACAUAUUGCUUCGAUAGCCUCGUUGCCCGGGGUCCCACCUACGAUUUCACUGGAGAAGUUCUAUGAUACUCAGGAUGGACUAUAUGAUGUAGCUUGGUCCGAAAUCCACGAGAAUCAGCUUGUCACUGCGUCAGGCGAUGGGUCGAUCAAGCUAUGGGAUAUAAUGCUCAAUGACCUGCCCAUCCGAGCCUGGCAAGAACACACUAGGGAAGUGUUCUCCGUAGACUGGUCUAACAUGAACAAGGACUUGUUCAUCUCAUCCUCAUGGGAUGGGACAGUGAAGCUCUGGUCGCCGGAACGUCCGCGGUCGAUAACCACCCUCCAGGCCCAUACCACCUGCGUGUAUCAAGCCCUCUUCUCGCCUCACGAACCCGACGUUAUAGCCACAUGCUCAACGGAUGGUACAGUCAAGAUUUUCGACCUUCGAAUGCCAGCAUACGCCCCGCCUGCUCCAGGUUCCGCUAAUUUCACUAAACCACUCUCAGCUGCGGCUCUCACAGUUCCAGCUUCUGGUACGGAAAUUCUGAGUUUAGACUGGAACAAGUACAAGCGGUACAAUUUGGCUAGUGGUGGCGUAGAUAAGAUGGUGAAAGUGUGGGAUUGCAGGAUGGUGAAGAUUGGACCGGCAGGACAGGAGACUGCGUUCCAAGCCGUAGGAGGUAUCUGUGAAGCUCAGUUUGCUGGACACGAGUAUGCUGUGAGGAAGGUCCAAUGGAGUCCGCAUCGCCCUGACUUGCUGGCGAGCGCGAGUUACGAUAUGAGUUGCCGAGUGUAUGUCUCCGUUUCUCGUUCUUGGCUUCUUUCUUCUUUGCACUCUUCUCUUCUUCUAUUCCCAUACUAUUUGAAGUUAGUUCUGAAAGUAGUUUCUAACCACGAGCUUUUUGAUAGGUGGUCAACCAACCCUACAGCGGCAGGUACGAACUUGGUGUACAUCCACGACCCUCACACGGAAUUCGUAGUCGGAUGUGGAUGGUCACUAUAUGAAGAAGGCGUCUUGGCGACUUGUAGCUGGGACUGCAAAGUAAAUGUUUUCCGGAUAUAGUAGACUAAUUGCCAGCUAUGCCAACGUGUACCUUUAAGACGUUUCCGAACUAAGAAUGUAUCAUCUCUGUGUGUAGGGUUGAGGGUAAGGACUGUUAUUGCUCCUGUCUUGCUGAGACAAGUCAUAUGCCUCAAGAACGUUGCUCAAGCCAUUGAUAUCGUAGGUAGGCAGCUGUCUAUCAUCGUAACAAAUUGACUUGUCCCGAUUCACUGAAAUAUCGGUUGUACCCUAUCUUUUAACGGGCCAAACCCGGCCAAACGUUUCCGUCGGAUGCAAUGACACCCAACAAUGUCUCA